CUUCAGAUCUGAUGGUCCAGAACCCACACUUUCCUCGAAGAGUUUAUAGAGAGUUCAUAGUAUUUACAGCGAGAGAACUUAAACGUACACAGAGUCCAAAACCCAAAAAAUAAUAAUAAAAAAAACAUAGAUAUACACCAGAGGAAGAAGCACUUUCAGAGCUUUACCCUAUCUCUCCACAACCCAAGAGGCUAGUCGUAGUAAUCUAAUGGGAGAGGAAAAAAAGAAACCGGAGGAGAAGAAAAUGGAGGAGAAAAAGCCAGAGGAGAAGAAAGAACCGGAGAAACAGUCCGAGAAGCCGGCCGAGGAAAAGAAAGUGGAGGAAGGAAAGGAAUCCAAGGAAGGAAAAGACCAAUCUGAGCCACCAGCUCCUCAGGAAGUCGUGCUCAGAGUCUACAUGCAUUGCGAAGGUUGUGCACGCAAGAUUCGACGCUGUCUCAAAGGCUUCGAAGGGGUCGAGGAUGUGAUAACCGAUUGCAGGACUUCGAAGGUUGUGGUUAAGGGUGAUAAAGCUGAUCCACUGAAGGUUCUGGAGAGAGUUCAGAGGAAGAGCCACAGGCAGGUCGAUCUUAUCUCUCCCAUCCCCAAACCAAAGGCCGAGGAAGAGAAGAAGCCUCAGGAGAAAGAGCCUCCCAAGCCUGAAGAGAAGAAAGAAGAGCCUCAGAUUUUCACAGUGGUGCUGAAGGUUCACAUGCAUUGCGAUGCCUGUGCACAAGAAAUCAGAAAACGCAUACUGAAAAUGAAAGGAGUGGACUCAGCUGAGCCAGAUCUGAAGAGCUCACAAGUGACAGUGAAGGGUGUGAUGGACCCAGAAAAGCUGGUGGAGUACGUGUACAAGAGGACCGGCAAACACGCUGUUAUAGCGAAACAAGAGCCGGAAAAGAAGAAGAAAGAGGAAGCCAAGGAUGGCAAGAAGGAAGAGAAAAAAGGUGAGGAAGGAGGUGGUGGUGACAAGGGGGCAAAAGGUGGCGAGGAAGAGAAGAAAGAAAAGAAGGAAGGAAAAGAUGAUCAAGCCAAGCCAGAGGCAGGCGGAGCCGCAGCAGCAGGGGAGGAGAUCAACAAGGUGGUGGAGCUUCAGAGUAAUGCCUACCACUACUACUAUCACCCACAAAGGUAUGCCAUGGAAAUGUAUGCCUACCCACCACCACCUCAGAUCUUCAGUGAUGAGAACCCAAAUGCCUGUUCUAUCAUGUAAAAGAAAAAGGAUAAAAAAGUGAGAAAUGGUGAUGAUGAAGAUGUCAUUGGGAAUGGUGAAAAUUGUUGAUAUGGGUAAAAAUGGGUGGAGUUGGUGAAUGGUAGAUUUGGUCGGUGCUUAAUCUGCUCUACAUGUGCCUAUGUAGUUCUUGCUAUAAAAUAUAAAGAUCUACAGAUUGAACUGUAGAAUUUUGCC